AUGGGCAAACAAGAUGCCGACUUCCUCCAGACAUGGGUGCAGCAUGACAAGAAGGUCAUGACCUACCGGCUGAUGAGCCGCGAGCGGAGGAUCCACGUCGACGAGGCAAAGCAGCGCAUGCAGUCCUACUACGACUCCUGCCUCGCAAAGGACAAGGAUGGGUCGAGGCCGCACGCCACAUUCAUCCUCAUUGGCGAGCUCAAGGCUAGUCGGCGGAAAGCGAGACUCGAGGCGGCAGAUGAAGACGUCAAGAUGGACGACGUCGAGCGAACGCCUCAGGCCGGCGAGUCGCAGGCGUCCACCAGCAGCGGCGUACAGGCCUCUGGGCCCAGCUUCCUCUCUGGACGCAUGACGGGCACGUCGCAAGGCCGUGACCUUCCGAGGCGCGGCAUUGUUCUCGCUAGCGAGGCUCAACUAGAAGACGCCAAGUCCAGCUUCUCGAGGAUCACCUCGUCGCACAUCUACUCGUUGCAGCCUGGUCCGCUUAAGGACGCUGCGAUCCUGACCGGCAUCCAGCACGAGCUACACACGACCGCAAAGUACGUCGACACGUGGACACAGACCGGCCGCGGCAAAGACUUGGGCGUAAUCACCAACGGUUCGAUCAAGGACAAUUACGAUCCUACAAAGUCGCUUCCGUCCCUCGCUGGCCCAAGCGCACCAGCACUGCCGCCGCCAUCCAAGGAUGCCAAGACCACAAAGGCGGAGGCGGCGCGGACGACGGCACCUGCGGUGAAGGCGGAGCCUGUCGCUCCCAAGGUCGAGCCGAAGAAGGAAGAGGAGAAGCCGGCGCUGUCCAAAGGCGGGGCAGCGAAGAAGGGCGGGCUAGAUUGGAGCCGGGCAAAGCCAAAAUCAUUGACAAAGCCGGUUCCAGCGCCGUCCAAGGACUCCAGGAAGGGGGACUCCAGCAUUGUCGUCGACGACAGCGACGACGACGAGACGACCAAAGCUUCAUCGAAGCGAAAGGCCAGCUCGCGGGGCAAGAACACGAGACGAGCGUUGCUAGGCGACGACAGCGACGAAGAUGUCGAGGUGCCAGAGGACGAUGGCGAGAGCGAUGGCGACGUGGGCAAGCUUGGCUACGACAUCGACGAGGGCGACGACGACGACGACGACGUGCAAGAGGUCGACCGCGACUCGCUGGCCAACAAGCCCAAGUCGGCCAAGGAGCUGCAGGCUGCGACCACGAGUGCGGGCAAGCGGGCCGACGCCAAAAAGAAGAGCCAGGCCGAGAUUGACCGCGAGCGCAAGGCGCUCGAGGACAUGAUGGAUCUCGACGACGACCCCAAUGUCGCUGCGGCAGAUGAGCCAUCCACGGCUAUGAUGCAAGGAACCGCUGAUGCCAAAGAUGGAGAUGGGGACGAGACUCAGGUCAAGGCCAAGGCCAAGAAGCGGGUGCGGAAGCAACGCAAAGUGCAGAAGAAGGUCCGCAGGAAGGACGAGCGUGGCUACACGGUCACGGAGAUGGUCGACGAGUACGAGUCCUACAGCUCCGACGAGUCCGACGCUCCGGCACCGGCACCCAAGCUCAAAGCCGCGCCAUCGAGAUCAGCCGCGCGGUCGACUUCAUCGAGCGCCUCGACGACGCCCGCCCCGUCGGCCCCGACGAGUCGAGCUGCCUCGACUGCGCCGGCCAAAAAGGAGUCGCAGGCGAGCGGCACUGCACCGUCGGCCGCAGCAAGCGGGCGUAAAGGCACCGCCGCACCGAAAAAGGGCCAGCAGAGCCUCAACAGCUUCUUUACCAAGAAGCCAAAGGAGUCGAAGUAG